ACUGUGUCCGAACACUUCUGGCCGGGGAAAAAGGGGGCAUUUGACCGCCGCGUGGCGUGGCGCGGAACGGAAUCCUGAUAUAGGGAGCGGAACGAGAGGAGAUUCAAGAUGGCGAACGCGACAUUCGAUUGUCCAUUACCCUUCCUCGCCGAGUCAAAAUACUCGGAUGGCGGCUUCGUGGAUGGAAGAAUAUGCCAAGAUGUUCUCGGCGUCAGUUGCUGUCUGCCAUGCCCCUUUACGGACUGGACGUACCCCGACAGCUUCCGGGACAUGACAACGGCGGCAAAUUGGGUGGCUGUGGCGAGCACCAUUUGCUGCGUUUUUCUGCUGCUCUCGUGGGCCGUGCUACCGGUCGACAAGACAUACAGGCACUAUCUGAGCAUCAGCCUCACCGCCGGCGUCGUGUGCAUGAAUCUCGGUUUCGUCAUUCCACUCGCCGGUAACCCGCCGCAAUGUUACGACGACAUCACACCCAACUCGAUGUCGACGGGAUCGAUCUGUGCGGCCUCGGGCUUCUUCCUCAUCUUUGGCGGCUGGGCAGGCGUGAUGUGGGUCUUCCUGCGCGCACUGUCUCUCCAUCUCCAGAUCUGCUGGCAGCUCGUCGUCGGGCGCAAUUUCAUGUGGUUCGCUCAGGCCGUCGGCUGGGGCAUUCCCGUGAUUGGCGUCAUCAUCGCCUUCAUCCUCAGCGGCGUGUCGUUCAGGUUUGGCCCGACAUGUCACAUCAACCACAAGAACAGCCUGGCGGACCUCUGGAUUCCGUUGCUGGUCUUCGCGUCCUUGACCAUCGUCAUCCAAUUCGCCACCUUUGGUUACUGCAUCAAGGUCUACCUCGCCUCGCUUGCCGACAACAGCGCCUCAACCGAAGGCUCCGGCAUGCCCUCGUACACGAACAGCAUCCGAACAAUGACCCCCAAGCAGGCGUACCGACGUGUGCGGCGCGUCAUUGCUCUGCAAUGGAGAGGCAUUGCCAUUGUCCUCAUCAUCGUCGCCGACGUCAUCUUCUUCUCGAUUGUUUUCGUGUUCCAGGACAAUACGGUGGAAGCUGUGAUGAGAGACAAGAGCCUCGCGUGGGACUGGGUCUCGUGUCUGGUAAUGAAUGGCGGCGACAAAGUUCCGUGUCUGGACGAGGCGAGCGCGCUCGCUGUCAACAUGGCGACGACUGGCGCCGUUCUGUUCCUCCUAGGGAUGAACGGAAUCUGGCUCCUCCUUCUGCUUGGCCGCUGGUCGAUGGUCACCGGCUGGCGCGACAUGUUGAUCUCGGUUCCCAAGCGGAGCCAGAGGGAAUUUGUCUCAGUCGAUGCGCGGCUGGACGAUCUCAAGAAAGAUACACUGACCCCCAUCUCCCCGAUACAGGCGAGAUCGACGACGACGGGGAGCCCGCAAAAUCAUGAGUACGUUCAGAUGCCCACCCCUGAUGGGCGCCGGACCCCGGAUUACUUUGGCAAUACCGCCCGGUAUCACACCCCCGCGAGGUCAUUUUCGAGCCCACGGCCGCCCCAACAACAAACGGUGACAUGGGAUGCCCGUGAAACCUACGCAAGGCCGACGUCGCCGUACACGCAGCAGGAUCGAUACAUGAACCCGCUGGGUAUGAACAGGAUAUGAAAAUGACGACGACGACACGAAACACCAACACUCUUUCUUUCUUUUCAUUUACCUUUCACUUCGCUACUUUACAAGCGAUGGCAGGCGAGCCGAGCCGUUAAUGGAAGGAGCUCACUCAAAACCGCCCCUCCAAAUCUUCGCCGACUGCCUUGCUGGCCAUUGUGUAAAAAAGAAUCACGGCACCUCGACAACCCACGUGAGUCCCGAUACCUGAACCACACGAGCAGUCGAAUGCAGGUUUGCGGAAGCCUCGGUCGUGUGGGUCG